UCUCCGGAAGAUGAAGAGUUUAGAUUCCUUGAUCUGGAAUGGUGAUCAGUUCGAGGACCUGGGAAUGUUUAUAUUCCGGGGAAGAGAAGGAAGUGGGGACGGGAAUAGACUUUGCUUUCUCUGGCCUGGGGGGGUUGGGGCGUGUCAAGAACCACGCGGGUACCGCUGUGGGUAGAAGUUGGCUGAGAGCCUGAUUUAAGCCUUAUGGCAGGAGAAACUCCAUAAAGAAUCGAGCAGUCCAAAAGUGGAACGGGUUUCCUGGGGGCGGGGGCGGGGGGCUACUCCUGACGUCAUCGGGCAGAAGCUGGAUGACCACUUGUCCGUAUUCCUUUUGUGCUGGGCUUGGACUAGUUGGAUAUUCGAACUCUCAAAAUUCAGUGACUCAGAAGGAAGGGUUAGGUCUCUUUUCUUGGCACCCUGUGUUCAUGGCAUUGGCGUUCUGCCUGUGCAUGGCUGAAGCCAUCCUGCUCUUCUCUCCUGACCAUUCCCCAUUCUUCUUCUGCUCACGCAAGGCUCGGAUCCGACUACACUGGGUAGGGCAGACCCUGACCAUCCUGUGUGCUUUCCUGGGCCUGGCCUUCAUCAUCUCCAGCAGGACCCGAAGCGAGCUGCCCCAUCUUGUAUCCUGGCACAGCUGUGUGGGAGCUCUGACGUUGCUGGCGACCGUUGGGCAGUCCUUGUGUGGGCUUAGCCUCCUCUGCCCCCGGGCAGCCAGGGUCUCUCGUGUGGCUCGCCUCAAACUCUACCACCUGACAUGUGGGUUGAUGGUCUAUCUGAUGGCCACACUUACUGUGCUCCUGGGCAUGUACUCGGCCUGGUUCCAGGCCCAGAUCAAAGGGGCUGCGUGGUACCUAUGCUUGUUUCUGCCCAUCUAUCCAGCUCUGGUGAUCAUGCAUCAGAUCUCCAGUGCCUAUUUGCCAAAGAAGAAAAUUGAAAUCUGAUUCUGAGCUCCUGCCUGGCUCCCCUCCUUUUUCCCCUUAGCCCCCUCCUCCCUGGGGUAGGGCAGUUGCUUUCCUCUUCUGUGGGUUUUCCUAAAUUAUUCCUCCAACCCAUUGAGGCAACCUGGCAUUUGAGAAACCUGAGUUGCUCUUGGGUGGUGACUGAAAAGUUCAGAAAUAGAAUAAUAUUAGAAUUGGGUGGAAGAGGAAGAUGGUGGGAAGUAGGGAGCCUGACUUGAGGUCAGGGGCCUUGUGAUGAACUGGGCUUCCUCCAUAGUUAGUUUAGAUUAUUGAAGGGUGAGGUUCUAUUUGGUUAUGAAGGGAAGCUAGGGAUGGAUGGGUAUCCCAGUCUACUGAAGAGACAGGGUGGUAUGGGAGUCAGGAGACUCCAUUACUCCUCUUCCCAGCCCUCUUCCAGCUGGGUGGCUUUGAAUCAGCUUUCAGUGCUGGUGAGGACCUCCCCUUCCUUAUGUAUAGCAUGAGGACAUUGUAUCAGACUAUCUCUAAGUUUCUAUUCCAUUCCAAAAUGUCUGUCAUUCUGUGGGGGGGAUAGCUCCACCUUCUCCUGACACAUCCUUUGGUGCCCUUGUCCUGGAGACAGACCUUCUUGGGACAGGGCUGCCUGGACCACGGGGCUGACUGAGGGUGGUCAUUCUUAUGUUGACUUUUGGGCUGCCUCCAGUGGAAGGGAAGAAUGUAUACAUGGGGCCUCUUCUCCGGUAUGGAGUGAGCGGGCUUUGUAGGUGGCAAGGCACUAGGUCAGGCUGGGGCCUGUUUCAGGUGUCUUAGGCUCUAGAUAGUGAAGCACUAGAGUCACUUUAACAUGUUGGGAUGAGGGUGGAGGCGGUGUGUGUGGGGAGGGAGGGGGAGAAUUGGAGAACUCCACCAUUCCUUUCCCUGACUGGCUUUGACAGCAGCCUGCCAGAAGUCUAAACAACUCAUCAACAUUUGGUGUAAUGAGCCUUUGCACAGUUGUAACAGGCCGGGUCUUGGGACUUACUGGGUUUUCUCUGUCCCCUUAAGUACCAUCCCGAGGGAAGGGUGACCGUCCCAACAGCCUCAAUCCUUUGCUUUUUUCCUGCUUAGAGCUUAGGUCCUCACCUUAGCAAAGUCUCUGGAGAGACAGGGGGAGGUUGGAUUGACCCCAUGUAGGGCUGGGGGUAUGCAGAGAGGAACCAGUGUAUGGAAGGGCCAGCUUGUGGGCUGAAGGAGCAAAAAAGUGGGGCAGCCCCUUGAUCUGGCUUAUCCUUUGCUCUUCCUCUCUCCUCAUUUUCUGAUCCUUCCUUAGACCCUGCCUCUUGUCUUGAAUGGUUGGGGUUUUGGCCCAGGGUUCUUGGUUGAUUGAAUUUGGUUCUAGGUGUAAUAUGAGAUCUCUUCACUGUGGUUCCCAGGCCUUUCCUUUGUGUCCUGGUACUUAAUUGGCAAAUUAUGGUCCCCUCAGUGCUAUAUUUUAAUCCAUUUUAGCCAAAGGGGAUUGAGCCCUAGAGCAAGACAAAGCCUUGGGAAAGUUCAUUACAGAAGGAACUCCAAGGAGGGGCCUUGGGACAGUGAAGGUUGUUCCGGAGAACCCCCAGGACCGGAGUUGACCAGAAAAGGCUUUUGGUGCUGGAGCCCAGCCUUCUGGUAACAGUGGCUCAGUGGGCUUUGGGACAGGCUUCUUAGAUCCCUCCAUGGCAGGUGCCCAGUGCUGAUUAUGGCGCUUCUGCAGGGUGAAAAGGAAGGAUGGGAGAGAGGAGGGCAGGUCCUAAUGCGUGGGACAUGGUCCCCAGGCAUAUCAAGUGGCUGGGAGCAGCCUGGGGUAGCAGUGCAGACUAGCGUCUGUGGGCUUGGGUUCUGUCCCUAGCACCCUUUGUGCUCUUCCUGCUUUCUACUUCCUUCUAAACUGGAAAGUUUUGGGGGGGGGAGGCCUUAAUUUUGCUGAACAGAAAGGGCAGGCAUUGUCCUCCCUAGUUUGUGUUUUACUUUGAUAUUGGAACAGGGUAAUUACUAGGGCAAGGGAGAGGGAAGGUUCCAGGGUACUAGACAGAUCUCCAGGAAUGGGUCUUGCCAUGGUGUUGUCAUUUAGACCCCCCCAGCUUUCCAGUUCCAUUCCCCACCCCCCGCCCGUGCCUCUCUCAUCCUAGGCACCACCACCCUUCUGACCUGUGCUGGGCAGGGGAGUGUCCCAAUUGCCCCUCCCAGAGGGAGAUGCUAUGUGGCCAGGCAAGCCUGGUCUGAGAGCUAAACAGUGGCGCUGCAAUAAACUCUGAGCUUGACUGGGGUGUUGUAACCUCCCAGGUGGUGAGGGGGCGGGCAGGCGGGUGUGUUGACAGCCAGCCGGCAGUUUGCGUGGGCCGUGCCAGCUGAUGUCUAUUCCCGGCCGUAGAAGAGGAGAAGCCAUUUCUGUUCUGCAAGAGGACGGGCCCCAGCUGCCCUGGCCUUCUGGCAUCUCCCAGCCCUCUGUUGGCCUGGUGGGCCAGCUCGAGGCUGAUUGUGGAAGGCCCAGUUUGGCUGGCUGGUUGGUUGUAAUAUGGGCAGUGGAUCACCAGAGGGAGCCCUCUUCCUUGGCAGGAGAAUUACCUCCCUCCCCCCUCCCCCUCCCCCUUCCCUUUCCACCUGGCUUCCCAUCCAGCCACGGCAGCUGGACCCCCAUUAGCCCUCUGUGCCAGGGCUCUGUCCCUCCAGCUGGAAUGGCAGUAGCUGCCGGCUGUUUAGAGCUCUCCCCUCCCCCCCCUGCUCUCCUGCUUCCUCCAUCUGGGAUGCUUGGCUUCAUGGAAGGGAGGCAGAGGCCCAUGGCUGACUACUGGUCCCUGGACCAGACCCCUCUGCUAGUCAUCAGGUGUUUGGUUUUUAAAAAGUCAGAGUGCUUGGAUUUCAAAAACAUUUGCAUGUCAUUUAAAAAAAUUUGUGUAUUAGGAUCACUACACUCUGAAUCUCUAUGUAGAACAAACCUGUAAUUAGGUUCAAAGUCAAUAUGAAGGGUGAUGGAGGUAUAAAAUAUACAUGGUUUUGAAACCAAGUCAAUGAAUUCAGUCCCAGAUUCAGAUCCUUCCCUCCACACCCCUCCUGGCUGCGAUGCUCCUUCAUAAUAGCUUCCUCUUGAACUGGGAAGAGACUGGGAGUCUUGCUUCUGGCCCCCCCAGAACCCCUUCAAGCUGAACUGCCCAAGGGGGAGGGCAGCGGAGGGGGACCUUGCCCGCCCAGCUUCUCCCCUCCUUUCUGUCCCCCACCAUCCUGCCAUUUGACACAGUGUCUUCUCCCUGACUUCCCACCUUAUUCCUAGAGCUGUCCUAUCGCUUUUCUUUGAUUUUCAUUCUCCUCCCCUCUCCUUCCCAUGCAGAUUCCACAUAGCUUCUUUUUGAAAGCUCAAUGUGGGAGAUCCAGGCCCCCUCCCUGAGACAGCUGGCUGCUGUGCCAAGGUCUGUUCAGAAUUAAUAAUAAUCAUUAGCUGACAUGGUGCUGGUGCCUUUCAGCUCCAGAUCUCUAAGCACUCUGAAGGCUGAGUCAGGCAGCCCUCAUUUCUCCUCCCCCCUCCCCUCCAUGGGGUGGUAUCUUGGGACGGAAACAAGGAGUUUUUCUCCUACCUUACAUUGAGGAGUCUUUCCUUUCUGAGUGGAAGGAUAGAGACCUGGUAUUCUAAGGAGGACUUUGGGGCCCAAAGGUGAGGUAUAGGGAACAUCAGUGUAAGUGUCUGGCACAGAGUCCUAGCCUUUAUGAGGGGCCCCCCUUCCAGGACUCGGGGGUCUGACAGAUGUCCAUCCGCUUGUCUGACUCGUGGCCUCUGGUGGGAAGAGAGGGACAUCUCAAAUCAGGAGAUCUGGGUUCUGCCACUGAAAGGAGCUAUGCAACCUUGAGUUCAUCACUUAACACCUGCACUCAUCUACCUCGAAGGUGUUGCAAGGAUUACUCGGGGAGAAGGAGGCAGGUCCAGUGAAGAAAAGACAGGGUUCAACUUCUGAUACUCUGCCACUUACUGUGUGCCCUUGUCUGCAAACUCAUCUGUAAAAUGGGAGCAUUACCUACCUCAGAGGAUGGUUGUGAGGAUCGAAUCAGAUCAUGGAUGUGAAAGUGCUUUGUAACUGAAAACACUGUAUGACUAUAAGCUGCUGUAACACGUGAAAGCACUUUAAAAUGCAUAAAGCACUAUGUACAUGUACAGUGGUUGUACUGGAUCUUUCUCAUGCUCCUGUUAAGUGUUUACUGUGAUGAUGGGCAGCUCCUGAAGGCCUUCCCCAUAACCCUUUGCAGACUGGGCCUUUUCUAUCCAGGGACCUAAGAGGACUUUGUUGGGUUGUUUUGUUAUGUAGGUAGCCUCAGGCUGUUGGAACUGGGAUCAUAAUCCCCCUCUUCCCCAAAUCUUUCUCUUGAAAUUAAAAGAAAAAAAAACCCACCAUGAAAGCAGUUCUAUUUGCAUUGGGGAAAGAAUAAUUUCCAUUCCAUUUGUCUCAGAAUAGCCAGUAAGUCUGCCAGGGAUAGAAGCAGAGGGGCAGGAGCAAUGCAGCAACACGAUGACCUGAGUCUUCAUUUUUCAUCCUAAUUGUUUUUGUCCCAGGAUCCAGGAAUGAAGCUCUAGGGCAUUUUGGGCAGUGCAGUCCUUGCCAGCAUGGAGCAUGAAGACAUGAGCUGGUAUGCAGCUGAAGGGGCGAAUGUUGUCGCCAGAACCUAUGCUGGAGGCUGGUUUGGUUUAGACAGCCAACAGGGACUGGGCUAGUUUUAGAGAGUGGGACUGACCCAGAGGACAGCCAUCCUCUGUCCAGAGAGCCCCUGGAAUGGUUCAGGUAGACCUCAAAUUUGUUUCAAGGACUAGAGACCAGGAUUCUAUCUAUCUAUUUGGCUCAUUGUCAGAAUUUCCUGCAGCCAAGUAACCUUUUUUUUUCUUCCUCUCUCCCUCUUUGGAUGCCACCUACGUUCAACUAGGGCAUCUUAACUUUUUCCACUGGCAAUCCCUUUUUGCCCGAGAAAUUUUUGUGACCCCAGCUAUAUAGGUAUAUAAAAUAGGCAUACAUAACCUUUACUGUUGCUACAUUUUUUGUGAACCUCACAUUCAGUUACUCAACCCCAUAUGGGGACCCACAGUUUAAGAAGCUACCUUGCUCUAUCAAGUGAUCUAAUUGCUUUCAUUAAAUAAAGGUGAGUGGUACCCUAGUCCUCUAGACACAAAACAGAUUCCAAAGCAUGUAGGGAGGCCGGAGGCCUCAGGCCACAGUGAAGCAUGAUUAGGCUGCACACACAACCUUGUAGCCAUUGGAUCGACACUUUCAGGGGAAUAAUGGUGGGGUUGAGGGAGAAGUGGCAUGAAGCACUCUGGACCCAACAUCUGCUGGUACCUCCCAUCCAUUUUGGGCAGUGGUGACGUCUCCCAUCUAUGUCAAUGCUGGGUCUGUGCUAUCCUCGAAGCAUGAUGUAAGUUCCUUGAGGGCAGGGACUUGUCCUAUUUUAUUGCCACAUUCCUAGCACUAUGCCUCACACAUAGCAAGCCUUUAAUAAAUGCUUGCUGAAUUGGAAUUAAUCACUUUGAGAAUUUCCAGGUUCAACAUUGGCUUGCUUUUUGAACAGGCAGUUCCCUCCAGGCCAUGGCUUCACUAGUCUGUGCCAAAGCAAGACUGAAAGGCUGUAGGGGGUGAGGGUAGGGUCUUCGAUGUGUCUCAAGCACUUGACCUUUUUCAUCUGACACAGGAAUGAUGAAGAGGCUUGACUCUGCCAGAUGAUUUUAGCUUUCCUCUCAGUACCCUGGAGAGAGAGUUCAGCACAGGCUUAAGAGCUAACAGUGGCCAGAAGAGAGAAGCUGCCAGUCCUGCUGCUGGGGCCUAAGCCUUUUCUACAUUGUGGGUGGGAGGAGAGAGGCUCUCCCAUUGGUUUCCUGGGAAACAAGAUAAGCAAUACAGGGACUGCAGUUGCAAAGAAGGAAGGAGGAGUUCCUAGAUCAGGCUGGGUAGAGGAGAGUGGAUUUCUGGCUGGGAGACUCCUAGGGCUCUUAGCCUAUCUUUCUCCAUUCUGAGAUGAGGCAGCUGUUGUAUGGAUCCCCAGCAGUGCUAAAUAAGAACAGGAGCCAAAGAGAGAGCAGCACUGUAUCUAAUAAGCCGAAUAAGAAAUGCCAGCCAGGGUCUGAGAAACUGUCUAUGGGCAAAGACCAAGAGCUAGUGAGCUAAACCCCCUUAGGACUGUGUAAAGAGAAAAACCAAAACAGGCUCAGGGACAGAGGGUAGUUUAAGCUAAAACAGACCCAGACUCUCCCUUGACCACCUCGCUACUGUCAGUCUUUGGAUGAUGUGGUCUCUUGGCUGAAAGCUUCCUAAAAACGAUGCAGUUGAUGACUAAAGUGAUUCAGGCAUCCCAAUUUAUGCCUUGUAUUGUCUCCCUCCUUCUAGCCUAUUGUGGUACCUUCUCCUUUAAGAAGGACAUAUAGCUAUGAGUAGCUGGAAAACGUGUUAAGUUCACAUUGGGCAAAUCUAUUCUGGUUUCAGGCAUAAUAUAGGUGCUAAAAAAAGGUGGGGAUCGUAAGUAUCCCAUGCAAUGCCCAGCACACAUUACUAGCCUAUCAAAAGGAAGUUCUUUCUACGGUCUAAGGUAACAAAUCAAUUUUUUUGGAAGUGCGUUAAGUUCCCAACAACCUGGCAUUAUUUAACUCAAUCCAAACAUUUUUCAUAGUGGCUAAUGAAUAACACACUCAGGCAUGUUUCCUGAGCCAGUUACUUCAGGGCCCAGACUAGAACUGUAUCAGAAUACAGCCAGCCUCAAAGACAGGUGCAGUGUGGGCUGUCAGCAGGCUGACUCGAGAGCAGAGCAUUGAUUCAGGCCACUGAAGCAGGUCUGCUAACUGCAGUGCUUGGAAAAGCACGGCUGUCUGUAAGUUUUUCAUUUAUUAAAUUCUCAGUUGCCAGAAUUUGUUAUUUAUUAGAGCCCAUAUUCACGCCCAGGAUCUGUAUCUUGCCUUAGUAUCAACAACCCCUCUUUUCCCCAUACUUCACACUCCCUUGGGGAACAGUGGGCCCUACUCACAGCUGACAUAGCUACUACAGAAAUAAAUCAGUCACAAACCAACA